AGUUUCAUGACCAGAUUAAUGUGCCACAACUACAUAGAAAUGUGGAGGACCCAGAGAAACAGGGGCACCCCCCAGCCUUUUUUUUUAAAAUAAGGUUUUUAUUUUGAAAUAUGUUUAAAUUCAAAGGAAAAUUGCAAAGAUAGUACAGAGGGUUUCCGUAUGCCCCUUCCCCAGUUUUCUCUGUUAACAGUUUUAUGGUAUGUUGUCAAAACUAAGAAACUGACACUAGUAUAUUAUGUUAGCUAAACCCCGGGCUUUAUGGGCUUCAUCCACUGAUGUCCUUUUUCUGUUCCAGGGUCUAUUUCAGGAUACCCACAUUGCAUUUAGUUGAUAUGUCUCCCUAGUUUCCUCUGUGACAGAUUUUUAGUCUUUUCUUGUCCUUCAUGACCUUAUCAGUCUUUGGAAGUAUUGGCCAGGGGUCGUGUAGAAUGUCCCCCAAUCUGAAUUUGUCUGAUUUUUUUUUCAUUAUUAGACUGAGCUUACAGGUUUUGGGGGGAAAAAAAUACCACACAGGUAAAAUCCCCCUCUCAUCACAUCCUGUCGAGGGGUCUGUGAUAGCCACAUGACAUUACUGAUGACAAAACCUUCAGCACCUGAUUAAGGUAGUUUGCCAGGUUCCUCCACUGUUGCUCUUUCCCUAUUCUUUGGAAUUUGGUAAGUCUAGCCCACCCUUAAUGGGGUUGAUGGAAAUUAAGCUGCUGUGAGGAAAGUGUCUCUUCUCCAUUCAUUUACAUUAGUGGUGACUCAUGUAAAUUUAUUUUAUGGUUGGGUUAUAAUCCAGCUCUAUUUUUGUUGCUCAGGUUGUCCCAGCUUUGGACAUUGGGAGAGCUUUCAAGUUGGCUCCUGUGUUCCUUUGAUAUGUCUACAUCCUUUUAUUUUUUUGAGCACUUUCUUACUUUCUGAUACAUAUACUGUAUUUUCCCUACCCCAGCCUUGUAACAGCCAGGUCUCUAAGAGCCUUUGUUCUUUUAAUUGAAGAAUGGUAUUUAGAAACCAAGAUCUAGCUCCAGCAUGUUUUACGUUCAGUUAAUAACAGCCUCUGUCUAAAAUGAUUGAAUCUGGAUUGUGGCCCUUUCUGAAAAUGAAAUUACUCUGACAGCCUUUCCAAUUUCCCAUCAGCCUAUGGCUUUCUUCCCUUCCUACCUAUCCAGGAAUCCUUGGUUGAUUGUACUAUAGCUACGAGCAUUCUUGAUUAUUUUGGCUCAUUUGACUCCCUGUGUCGGCCUUGUCAGUCACUCAGUCAUUUGAUUUCCUUAUGUAUCCAUUAACAAUAUAACAUUUUAAUACUUGACUUUACUGGAGGGUUUUUUUUUUCUGGGGAAGGUUGUUUAUUUUGGGGCUUUGCAGCCUUAAGUGGACCUUUAAUAGUUCUGUCAUCUAUUCAGUCAGUAAACAUUUAUUGAGCCCUUACUAUGUGCUAGGUUGAGCACAAAAAAAUGAAAUAAGACAGACCCUGCUAUCAAGUACUUCAUAGACUGGUGAGUGAAACAUACCAUUUUUCCCAAUCCUUACCCCAUUUUUUUUGGCAGAUGAUUUACUUCCUAUUUCAUAGAGAAAGUGGAAGCAUCAAUUUCUUCAAACUUUCCUCUGUUAUCUCUGACAAAUAUCUAUGUAUUCAUCAAUACCAGUUUACCUCCUCUCUUCUUAGGAGAGAAGUAGUGUUUUUCUUUUGCAAAGCCAAUCCUGCCACGUUCUCUUAACCUCAUUUUCUUUGACUUCUUUUUGUUCUUUGUUUGAAUAGUAUUUUCUCCUUUCAUCUUCAGUCGCUCCUGGGUUCCCUUGUGUCAGCCUAUAAGCAUGUUAAAAGAUCCCACCCCACCUUUUGAAAAACCUUUCUCUUCAAGCUGCUGAUCUAGUUGUUUCCAUUUCCAAAGUUAGUGAAAGUAGUUUACAUUCCGUUUUUCUCUUUUUUUCACCCCUCAGGUCACUUUGUUCAUCACCCACUGUUUAUCAAAGUGUUUCUUAUCGACACCAGCACCCUGGUUGCCUGCUGCAGUCGCCUUUCAGUCCUUAGCUUCUUAGCCUCUGCAACAACUGCAUCUCAGUACUGCCUUCCCAGAGUGUGAAACUGAUGCGCUCCUGGUUCUCCCUCAGCCUUUCUAUUUGCUUAGCCUCCUUCCUAGCCACUUCUUCCUCUGUCCCUGAAAUACUGGUGUUCCCUGUCCUGUGUCCUUUCCUUACUCUGCCUUUCACCCCUAAACAAGUGGCAUCCACUCUUUAGCUAUUACAUGUAUGUUGGUGACUCCCAAAUCCACACCUCUCACUUUUCUUUCAACCUGGUAGCCUGCUCAGUGGACAGUUUCAUCUGGAUGUCCCACAGAUCACUCGAAAUCAACCUGUAAGAAAGGGAAACCAUCCUUUGUGUUCCCCACCUCACUUAAACAGAAUUACUACCCCUCGAUCACUUAUACUUGAAACCUGAAAAUCAUCCUUUAACCCUCCCUUUCAUCUACCAACAUUCAUUUGAUAACCAGUCCUGUCAAUAUUACCAAUACAAUGUACCUCAGUUUUUUCCCUCUUUUAUUUUUAUUUCCACUGUUCUGGUACUCACCCUGGCUACUGCUUAGGUCUUGUAACUGAUCUCCCUGCUUCCAGUCUCCCUGAGCCCCAGGCGUCUAUCUUCCACAUUGCCACCAGACCCCUGCCUAAAAUCCUCUGCUUUUAGGAAGAGUCUAACAUUUCCAAUCUGGUUCCACUCUAUCUCUGGGGUGAUUUUCUGCUUCAUAUCUCAUACCCUUUUCUUCUGCUUACCCCCAUCCCCCCACCCCAGCUGCGACACACACACUCUGUGUUUAUACCUUUAUUCUUGCUGUUCCCUUGGCCUGUGAUAAUCACCGUCCUUCUAUUUGUUUUUAGUGUGUUUACCUUUGAAUUUAAAUACUGCUUUCUCUGUGAAAAAGGGAAAAGUGCCUCUGGGCACUUGUCUUCUACACUCUGGACAGAAUUAGCUUAUUUGAUCUUUCUGCUUAUAUAGCUCCUUGCUCAUACCCCUAGCCUGAUACAUACUUUCCUUGUUGCUCAUUGACAUAUUUUCCUGCCUUUCUAGACUAUGAGUUCUUGGAGGGCAGGAAUCACAUAUUUUUGUAGGUUCAGCACAUAGUGAAAUACCUUUCUAAGACUGGGACCUAACAGAUACUUUCUGAAUUAAAUGAAUAAACAACUCACUGUAGCCCUGUCAUCAGUGGGGUCAAAGGUAAAUUAUUGAUCCUAAUGAGGAGCUUUGUGCAUGUGGAAUCCAGGAAGCCUUUCUUCCUAUGCUGAAAUUCUUUCUCAGGACCUUGUUAAUCCCCCAGCUGUCAAAUUCUUACCCCUUCUCUCACCAUCCCAACUCUAAACUUUGACUGCCCCAGAGCAGGUAUAUUUCCCAUAAACCUGGCUGAAAUGUUUCUAUCUUGAGAGUAGUUAUCCAAGGUUUUGGGUGAGGAGACUCUCCCCUCCUACCUGAUCCUUAUCUUGCUCUCGUUUGGAGGAGAGUCUCCUGAGACACUCCUGACACAAGAAGCUAUUUUACCUUCAACUCCUCCACCAGUCCCAGACUUACCUGAUCUGGGAGCUGGUGAAGGAAGACAGCUGUAACUAAGUACAACAUUCCACCUCACUUGCAGGGCUCUGCAGACUCCCAAAAGGGCCCAACUAAGGAUGGACAGUUAUCCAUCUGCCUCUAGCCCUGGGCAUACCACUCACUGCUGCUCCACACUACUGGAGCUUUUACCUUCUCCUUCUUUCAUGCAGGCUCCCCAGGAAAAAGGCUUCAGAAUCAAAGGGUAUAUAUAUAGCUCAGUGGUAGGGCGCAUUCUUAGCAUGCACGAAGUCGUGGGUUCAAUCCCCAGUAUCUCCAUUAAAAAAAAAAAGAUUACUCAGACCCUCAUCCCUGAUGUAAGCCAGCCUAUUCCCAGAAAGGGUUUUCAGGAAGCCACCAGGGGAACAGAAGGCUAGGAAAACAGGGAACCUGUCUCCUUGACUCUAAUUCUCAUAGGAGCUAGCUGCUCAGAGGUGUGGAAAUGAUCACCAAUCACUGGUUUCUCAUUCUGGCAAUAAUCUGGUGGAGCUGGACUCCUAUCUGUCUCUCCAUUGCAGCACAAGCUAUAGACCUCUCCUGCCAUCUCCAUGCUGACAUUCCCUUUACACACCCUGUGCCCUCCCUUCGUAUUUUGCUUUUCCUGCAGCUUAAUAGAUAUUGGAGAUGUACUAUGGAUAUUAGUCAUCAGAGGAGGCCCUUCUGCCCCGUCACUUUGUCUCGAGUUUCUCCUAUGUCUGCUGGCCUCUGGUGGUGAUAGUUUGAACUGUUCUUUUUUUAGUUAAUGGCCUGCUGGCAGGCAAUGGUUCACAUUUUCUCAAUCCAUAUUCAAAUAUUGGAAUACUAUGUUCAAUGGAAAUACUUUUUAAUUACUGAAUUUUGUAUUUUUUUAGGCAUCAUGGCAUAAUGCAAAGAACAAAGCCUGAGUUUUAGGGUCAGACUUACUAGGUUCAAAUCCUAGCUGUGCUAUUUCCUUAUCAGAGUGACUUUGGGCAAGUUACCUAACUCAGCUUUCUUACCUACAAAGUGAAGAUAAUAAUAGCUCAGUGGGAGAAUUAGAUGAGAUGAUUGUAAAAUUCAUAGCCUGAGCUGUGCCCUAGCUCAAUAAAAGUUUGUUACCUUCUCAAUAAUGGUGAUUUGUUUAGUGUGUGACUCAAUGUGGUUUUUUAAAUUUUGGUACCGUAAAAUUUACCAUCACACCUAUUUUCAAUGUGAUUUUUUACAACUGCUUUUCUGACUCUUGAGUUUGGGAAAUGAGGUCAACUCUAGUGUGGGCCGUGAAGCCUCUCUGUGCCCAGGGAACUGUGCACAUCUGAGCCCAGAAAAUAAGGGCUAGAAGGACUCUUGGGCGCAGCUGAAUGGCUCUGAGCACUUGACCUCACUUUGGUUUCCAGCCUGGGAAGGGCUGACGGGGCCCAGCACUUUUCCCAGGGUCAGUAAAAGGCAGAGGUUUGAAGUUAGGCAUCACCAGGUUCUCAGUGGGGCCUCUAAGGCCCCCCUCCCACUUUACAGGGAAAAGAGGAGGUGGCUGAAUAGAGGAGGAUAUGAGAUUCGUUCUCUGUUCCUCCUUCUCCCUGCUUUCCCUCAUACCCAUCCUCUCCCCCACAGCAGCCGUCUCUCCCACAGAGACUGGGAAGAGGGAGGGGGGCGGAGUUGGGGACUGAGGGAUCAGAAGCCCCGCGGUGCCCAGUAUUAUCUGAAGGAAGCUCUGGCCAGGGCAGCUGUGCUGGCUCAUGCUCCCCCCUCCCACUGCCGCCUCCUUCAGCAUGAUGCUGGGGUGUCUGGGGCUCUGGGCUCUGCUUCCCGCGGCUGUGCAAGCGCCCCCAAGCAGGCGGACCUGUGUGUUCUUUGAGGCCCCUGGAGUGCGGGGAAGCGCAAAGACACUGGGGAAGCUGCUGGGUGCGGGACCAGGCCCCCCCAGGGUUAUCCGCUGCCUCUACAGCCGCUGCUGCUUUGGGAUCUGGAACCUGACCAAAGACCAAGACCAGGCCCAGGUGGAGAUGCAAGGAUGCCGGGACAGCGAUGAGCCAGGCUGUGAGUCCCCCCACUGUGACCCAAGCCCCAGAGCCCAUCCUAGCCCCAGCUCUACUCUCUUCACCUGCUCCUGUAGCACUGACUUCUGCAAUGCCAAUUACAGCCAUCUGCCUUCUCCGGGGAUCCCUGGGAUUCCUGGUUCCCAGGGUCCCCAGGCCAUACCAGGGGAGUCCAUCUGGAUGGUGCUGGUGCUGCUGGGGCUGGUUCUUCUCCUCCUGCUGCUGCUGAGCAGCAUCAUUUUGGCCCUGCUCCAACGGAAUGCCUGCCGAGUGCAAGGUGGGCCAGAGCCGGAGCCAGAGCCAGACCCAGACUCGGGCAGGGACUGGAGUGCCGAGCUGUCCGAGCUGCCCGAGCUGUGCUUCUCCCAGGUAAUCCGGGAAGGAGGUCAUGCAGUGGUGUGGGCUGGGCAGCUGCAAGGCAAGCUGGUAGCCAUCAAGGCCUUCCCCCUGAGGGCUGUGGCCCAGUUCCAAGCCGAGAGAGCACUGUAUGAGCUGCCAGGCCUACAGCAUGACCACAUUGUCCGCUUUAUCGCCGCCAGCAGGGGCAGCCCUGGCCCCCUGCCCUGUGGGCCCCUGCUGGUGCUGGAACUGCACCCCAAGGGCUCCCUGUGCCACUACCUGACCCAGCAUACCAGUGACUGGGGAAGAUCUCUGCGGAUGGCACUGUCCCUGGCCCAGGGCCUGGCGUUUCUCCAUGAGGAACGCUGGCAGGAUGGCCAGUAUAAACCAGGUAUCGCCCACAGAGAUCUGAGCAGCCAGAACGUGCUCAUUCGGGAUGACGGGUCGUGCGCCAUUGGAGACCUAGGCCUUGCCUUGGUGCUCCCUGGCCUCGCUCAGCCCCCAACCUGGGCCCCUACUCAACCCCGAGGCCCAGCUGCCAUCAUGGAGGCUGGCACCCAGAGGUACAUGGCACCGGAGCUCUUGGACAAGACUCUAGACCUACAGGACUGGGGCACAGCCCUCAGGCGAGCGGAUGUUUACUCUCUGGCUCUGCUCCUAUGGGAGAUCCUGAGCCGCUGCCCAGAUUUGCGACCUGACAGCAGACCACCACCCUUCCAACUGGCCUAUGAGGCAGAACUGGGUAGCAACCCCACCACCUGUGAGCUAUGGACCUUGGCAGUGGAGGAGAGAAGGCGCCCCUACAUCCCGUCCACCUGGUGCUGCUUCACCACAGACCCUGGUGGCCUGAGAGAGCUCCUGGAGGACUGCUGGGACGCAGACCCAGAAGCACGGCUGACAGCUGAGUGUGUCCAGCAGCGCCUGACCGCCCUGGCCCGUCCUCAGGAGGCCCACCCCUUCCCAGAGGGCUGACCACAUGGCUGCCCAUGUCUCUGCCCAGAAGACCAUCUCUCAACUCCUCCCUGCUACCAUUCUCCCUCGUAGGCCUUAGCUGAGUGUCUGUCACCUCAGUGUUCAGCAAAGCCCUUGUUCCAGAAAUGCUCAACCUGCCUGUAGCACUUCUCAUGUGUAAAUAUGCAGUUUAUGUGUAAUCUAUGUGCAUGCAAACAUAAAUACUGAGAUCGGA